GGCCGGUCCCGCUGCUGCUGCCGCCGAGGCUUCCGGGAUCGCCGCGGCAUGGAGCCGUCGCCGUCGGGGGAGAAGGAGGAGGGGGUCGGCCGCUUCCGCGACAGCGAGCACCAACACACUCGUUACAACCCGCUGCGGGAUGACUGGGUGCUGGUGUCGGCCCACCGGGUGAAGCGCCCCUGGCAGGGGCAGUUGGAGAAGCCGCCCCCCGAGGAUGUGCCCCGCUGGGACCCCAACAACCCCCUCUGCCCCGGGGCUACCCGCGUCAACGGCGAGGUGAACCCCCAGUACGAGGGCACCUUUGUCUUCCCAAAUGACUUUCCUGCGCUGCAGCCCGAUGCUCCUGAGCCUGGUGACAGCGAUCACCCCUUGUUCCGAGCUGCAGCAGCCCGGGGUGUGUGCAAGGUGAUGUGCUUCCACCCCUGGUCGGACCUGACGCUGCCCCUCAUGUCCCUGGCAGAGAUCCGGGCUGUCAUCGAUGCAUGGGCAGAGCUCGCGGCCGAGUUGGGUGCUUCCUACCCCUGGGUGCAGAUCUUCGAGAACAAGGGAGCAAUGAUGGGCUGCUCCAACCCGCACCCCCACUGCCAGGUGUGGGCUAGCAGCUUCCUCCCAAACGAGGCACGCCUGGAGGACCGGACCCAGCGGCAGCACCUGAGGCAGCAUGGCAUGCCCAUGCUGCUGGAGUAUGCCGAGCAGGAGGCUCACCGAAAGGAACGGCUGGUGGUGGAGAAUGCAGACUGGCUGGUCGUGGUGCCAUACUGGGCCACCUGGCCCUACCAGACCCUGCUGCUGCCCCGGCGCCACGUCUGCCGCCUCCAGGACCUCCACGAGGGCGAGAGGGACAGCCUGGCCUCCAUCAUGCAGAGGCUGCUCAUCAAGUAUGACAACCUCUUUGAAGUCUCCUUCCCCUACUCCAUGGGCUGGCAUGGAGCCCCCACGGGCCCCUACCUGGAGGAGGACUGUGGGCACUGGCAGCUCCAUGCCCACUACUACCCGCCGCUGCUCCGCUCUGCCACCAUCCGCAAGUUCAUGGUGGGCUACGAGAUGCUGGCGCAGGCACAGCGGGACCUCACUCCCGAGCAGGCAGCUGAGCGCCUGAGGAGCCUCCCUGAGGUGCACUACAAGCAGAGGUCAAAGGAGAUGUCAUGAUGGGGAGCAGCAGAGUCAGCCCUUAACUGUGAUCGGUGAGGCCAUGGAGAGGAGUCAGCUGAGGGUGACAACAGCUGAGGCCUGGGAACUCAUGUUACUUGUGAUCCCUCUGAUCUCCCAGCUUCUUCUGAGCCUUGUCAAGACGUGUCCUGGUUUGAGGACUGGUAUUUGCCUCUUCAGGUACCUCAGUCCUAAUCCUGUGGCAUCCUCGUGCAGGCGGUGCUGUUCCUUCUGUCUCCUUCCCCAUCUCAGGCUGUGUCUUCUGCCUCUGCAGCGUGCUCCUAUGACCACUAAAAAGGCUUACCCUCCUUACCGGUCCAGUCUUACUGGUGAGACUGGGAGUGCUGCCUGCCCUGUGGAGGGACACAGCUCCCUCUGGCCAAUAAAACCUGGAAGCAAAGUGUCUCUGUCCUGUGUCAUCGUGGCUCUUGGCCCUGGGUGGAAGGUUUGGGGACUCUGGUGGGGGACCCCAGCUGCUUGGGGGGCAUAAAGCUGGGGGCUGCAGGGGAUGUGCCAGCAACCCCAUGGUGGCUUGCUGCUCUCCCUCUCUCUGCGUUGCCUCCUCUUCCUCCCUGGGGGGAGCUCUGAUCCUGUCUCAGCAUUGCAGGCUCGGCAAGGAGUGGGAAGCAGGGAGGAACUGUUGCUGCCUAAGGCUUAGGCAGCCGCUGGGAAAGAGAUGGGGCCCGGCAAGCUCGCUGCAUGGAGUCUCAUGGCCAGGAUGCUCGGCCCUGGAGCUGCUCCUCUUCUCUGCUUGGGGCUACUGGGCUGCAGUCCUCGUCCUGCCUGCUGCAAGUACUGGGGUUGCUGGGAUGCAGCAAGGGGCUGGUUCAUUGCUAGCCCUGGGGGCUACCAGGAGGUCCAGCUCUGCUCAUGGUGCCGCUGCCCCCUUUUUCCCUUUCCUGUGCCCACUUGUGGCCCAGCCAGGGCCCUGGGCUGAGCUGAGGGAUGCUGCAACCAGUUCUGUGCUCUUCCCUGCUGCAGCUUCUUCACCCAGAGAAGCCCCAGUGCUGUGCAGAGGUAGGUCCUGGACAGUGAUGCCUCACAGUUGAUGUAAGGGGAUGCCCAGGGCCAUUUGCCAUCACAUCUGCACAAAUAGUUUGUCACUAAGAAGCCUUUGUCAUAGGUCACUCCUUAAUGAGGCCCCUAUCCCUGCUAAAUCUGUGAAUGUACUCCUAGGGACUAGAAAUGUCUUGCAGGGAGAGAAAUGGUCUCUUCCUACCUACAAGACAACAGUUUUUGGGGAAGGCUGUUCCCCUUUUGCUCCAUCUAUGCAUCUCUUCCCCCAUCUCUAACCAUGGGGCUAGGGCAGGGAGAAGGGCCUGUCCAGCCCUUCAAGCUCAGAGCCAAGCUGGAUGCGGCUCACCUGCAUGCAGGCCCCAUCCUCCUCCCUGAUCACCCCAUCCCAGAGCCCACAAGCUAUCACACCACCCAGCCUCAGGUUUUUGAGGAGCAGGUGAUGGGAUUUGGGGUCACCCUGGAUCUUGGAGCCAUCACUGUACAGAGCAUCCCCCCCGCAUGGCAUGGGGGAUGCCCAGCUCAGAGUCUGGCCUCUUGCAAACUGAUUUCUUCCCUCCUGGGUCAGGCAGUUUCUGAGCUCUGCAACCAUCCCCAUUGCAGCCCCCAUCCCUUCCCAUCACAACAGGUGUCUUCUCACCAACCUCCGAACUUCCCUGCUUGGAAGAGGUUUUUUUUCCCCCAGAGCCCUGAAAAAGCAGCAAUGAAUUGGCUUAAAUGUGGGAAUCCAGAUUGGGGUAAUUAGCCGCUGAACCGGUUGUAACGAAGCUAGUCAUCUCCCUCCACGCGCAGUUAGCUCUGAUUUAAUAGCCCACCGGCUCCCAGCCCGGGCUGCAGCGCCUCGGCCCAGGGCCGUAAAUGAAACUCGCAGUAAGUCAAGCGGUAUUAAACUUUACAGUCGCCGUCUUUAAAAACGAGACUCUCUCUCUAAUAAAUCAGAGCAAGUGGGAUUGUAAAUAUCGAGGCAGGAUCCAUAUUGCUUAAUUAAACAGCGCCUAAUGAACAGCCUGUUUGUUGUGUUGUGAUUUAGGAUGGAGGCUGGGGAGGCAGCGCGUGCCGAGGAGCACUGGUGCCCAUGCCGGGAUGCCCUCCCCAGGAGGUAGCUGCUGUUGGGAGUUUAGCUGCUACUAAAAUAGCUCAGAGAUGGCCUGAGAAAUAAUUUUUAAAUUUUUAAAAAUAAAAACUAUAUUGCACCCUCCA